AUGACGUCCGCUGAUCCUGUUACCACCACCAAUAGUCCUAGUCAAACACAAAGCCCGUCCCAAUCAGCUCAGGUAUCAAAAGAUAUCCUCCCUUCUCUGCCCCUUCACAUGGCGACUGACAACGUGAUUCUUGCCACUUUGCAAGCUGAGAUAGCCAGAUUGGCCAAAGAGAACAAACUUUGGCAGCAGAGAAAUGAGGUAAAUUUGUAUAUCCGCCUUUCCUAUCGGACAUACAAGCAUGUUAUUUCAGCUUAUGUUCCUAUUCCUUUCGCUUUUUAUUUUCCAAUUGUGAUCCAUGAUUACUUCGUUUUUACUACUAGAUUUCUUCAAUUGUUUUCAAAGCAUUAUUUUGGACCUGGUGGUGGUGAUUGUUUGGUAGAUACUAUUUCUGUCUGUCUUUGUUAG